CGCCGCCGCUCGCGCCAGCCGCACGGACCAGGCUGCGGGGUCGCCAACGCCUGCGCGCCCGCGUGCCGGGGCUGCGGUGGGCCAGGAUGUCGGGCUUCCUGGAGGAGCUGCUCGGCGAGAAGCUGGUGACGGGCGGCGGCGAGGAGGUGGACGUGCACUCGCUGAGCUCCCGCGGCAUCUCGCUGCUCGGGCUCUACUUCGGCUGCAGCCUGAGCGCCCCCUGCGCGCAGCUCAGCGCCAGCCUGGCCGCCUUCUACGGCCGCCUGCGGGGGGACGCGGCGGCGGCGGCGGCGGCGGGGCCGGGGGCCGGGGCCGGGCCGGGGCCGGGGCCGGGGGCCGGGGCCGCCGCCGAGCCCGAGCCGCGCCGCCGCCUGGAGAUCGUCUUCGUGUCCUCGGACCAGGACCAGCGGCAGUGGCAGGACUUCGUGCGGGACAUGCCGUGGCUGGCGCUGCCCUACAAGGAGAAGCACAGGAAGCUGAAACUGUGGAACAAAUAUCGAAUUUCCAACAUUCCAUCCCUCAUAUUCCUUGACGCCUCCACCGGGAAGGUGGUGUGCAGGAAUGGUCUGCUGGUGAUCCGCGAUGACCCCGAAGGUCUGGAGUUUCCCUGGGGACCCAAGCCCUUCCGGGAAGUCAUUGCGGGACCCUUGCUGAGGAGCACCGGGCAGUCCCUGGAGAGCUGCAGCCUGGAGGGCUCCCACGUGGGCGUCUAUUUUUCUGCGCACUGGUGCCCUCCCUGCCGGAGCCUCACCCGCGUGCUGGUGGAGUCCUACCGGAAGAUCAAGGAGGCAGGCCAGAAGUUUGAGAUCAUCUUCGUGAGUGCGGACAGGUCCGAGGACUCGUUCAAGCAGUACUUCAGUGAGAUGCCCUGGCUUGCUGUGCCCUACACCGAUGAGGCCCGGCGCUCUCGCCUCAACAGGCUUUAUGGGAUCCAAGGCAUCCCCACCCUCAUCGUGCUGGACCCACAGGGGGAGGUGAUCACGCGGCAGGGCCGGGUGGAGGUGCUCAACGACGAGGACUGCCGCGAGUUCCCCUGGCACCCCAAGCCCGUGCUGGAGCUCUCCGACUCCAACGCCGCGCAGCUCAACGAGGGCCCCUGCCUCGUCCUCUUCGUAGAUUCCGAGGAUGAUGGUGAGUCGGAGGCAGCCAAGCAGCUGAUCCAGCCCAUAGCUGAGAAGAUCAUCGCCAAGUACAAAGCCAAAGAGGAGGAGGCCCCGCUCCUGUUCUUCGUGGCUGGGGAGGACGACAUGACCGACUCCCUGCGGGACUACACCAACCUGCCCGAGGCCGCGCCGCUGCUCACCAUCCUGGACAUGUCCGCCCGGGCCAAGUACGUGAUGGACGUGGAGGAGAUCACGCCCGCCGUCGUGGAGGCCUUUGUGAAUGACUUCCUAGCAGAGAAGCUCAAACCGGAGCCCAUCUAGGGCUGCUGCAGGCGCUAUUUAAAACUGUCUCCUCCCCCUCUUCCUCCUCCUCUUCCUCCUCUCUCCCCGUCCCUCCUCCCUGGGCCUUUCCAGCGGGUCCUAAAUCACACAACCCAAGUGUCCGACUUCUCUGCGGUGCCUUGUUCUCUGCAUUAACUCCUCAGCUAGCACCCCCCUGGGCGGCGCCCCUUCUGAGCAGCAGAAGAACCCCCAUAUCUGGAGACUCUGCUUGGGACUCGGGGGGCUGCCGGAAUCGGGCCCGCGUUGCUCUGUCACGCCUUGGUGCUCUGGCUCUGCCUCUGGUGUGGAGAGCCGGGGAAGGGCUGAGACUGCCUCUCCUCGGCCUCCCAGGUGACGGGGUCUGGCUUGGCCGGAGCAGCCGGUCCCCAGGUGCCACAUCUCUAGGGAAGUGUGUGCCCUUCUCGGAGAAGAAAGGGUCUUGGGGCACGGUGCAGCUGGGAACAGUUUCCUGAGCUCCUGCCACGUGAUAAGUUUCUCAUCCCUUUCACCUCCUUUUCUUCCUUGCUCAUGACCUCCUCCAAGUUUCUGCCUACUCAUACGAAUAGCCCCUACGGCCUUGGAAUUUGUGUUAAUAAAUUCUUCCUUCUGAUCCUCCCCCCAAGAAGAGGCACUCAACCCAAUUCUUAGAGGUGUUCCACCUGCCAGCAC